AUGAACGGACAGCAAUCUAAAACAGCUGGAUCGACCUAUCAGCCGGACCAUCUAUACAAAGGAAGGCGAGCUUCACUGCCCCUUAACAUCGUAGUCAUAGGAUGCGGUCUGGGAGGUCUCGCCGCUGCAUACUGCCUCGCACAGGCAGGCCACAAUAUCACCAUCCUCGAAGCAGCGUCAGCCAUCGGUGAAGUGGGUGCUGGCGUUCAAGCCAGUCCCAACGUCUCGCGUCUCUUGACGCGUUGGGGUCUUGGCCCACGUCUUGAAGAACUUGGCGUCAAAAUUCAGGCUUUAAGCUUUAAACGAUGGGACAACGAUGAGGUCGUGGGGUGGACGCCGCUUGGGGAUGUGAUCGAUAAGGAAUAUGGUUCCCCUUUCUACCUCUUACACCGGGCUGAUUUCCAUCGUAUGCUCUACGAAGUCGCCGAGCCAUACUGUAACAUUCGCGUUAAUAGUCGCGUUGUAUCCGUGGACCCAUCGAAACCUAGUGUGACUCUUGCUUCCGGGGAGGUCGUAUCUGCUGACCUAAUCAUUGGCGCUGACGGAGUCAAAAGUGUUACUCGGGAGUAUAUUGUCGGUGGGCCUGAUAAACCCAAACCUACUGGAGAUGCUGCUUACAGAACCCUCAUCCCGGUGGAGAAACUCCUAGAGGACGAAGAGCUGAGACCAUUGGUGGAGAAAAUGGAAUCAAAUAUAUGGAUGGGCCCAGGAGGUCACAUCGUCGGCUAUACUAUUCGUGCCAAGAAAGAAUUUAACCUCGUCAUGAUGCAUCCUGAUGAAGAUGAAGGGGGCAUUGAAUCAUGGACUGCUGAAGGUAACGUGGACAAAAUGAAGGAGACCUACAAGGGAUGGAGUACCACUAUUCAAAAGCUUAUGGCGCUUGUUCCGUCAACACUCGAUUGGAAACUGAUCGCCCGAGACCCAUUGUCCUCGUGGAUUCACAAGGAUGGCAAGUUGGCCUUACUGGGAGAUUCAUGCCACCCAAUGCUGCCGUACCGCGCACAAGGGUCAGCCAUGGCGAUCGAAGAUGCUGCUAUCUUAGGCAACAUAUUUUCGCAUUGUUCGCACCGCUCGCAGAUCUUGCCUCUCCUACAUGCCUACCAAUCUCUCCGGUACGACCGUGCUACCGCGACACAGAACUCCUCAAAGCUAAACCGGCACAUAUUCCACCAACCCGACGGGCCGGAGCAGGAGAAACGUGAUCGCGACAUGCGUGCUGCCAUGGAGGACGCGCUACGCGUUGCUCGUGGUGAGAAGAGCACACGUGUACUGACAGGCAAUGCGAAUCAGUGGGCUGAUAAGACCAAGAGCGAUAUCCAAUUUGGAUACGAUGCGGAUGAGGAGGCAGAAAAGUGGUGGCUCCAGAAUGGGACCAAGCUCGUGAAUCUCAUUCCUUCAAUUGAACUCAAACAGAGAGUUGUACAUGCUGCAAAUCAUGAUCACUAA